AUGAGCGUAUUUGUACCUAGAUCAUUAUCGCUUAAUUGGCUGCAACAUAAUGCCGCGAUUAGCGAUAUUGGAAUAAUAAAUCGAAAUCCGUCUGUAGAUAUUACUUCAUAUUCGAGACGCAGUCGUUUAUUAACAGAGAAAGCAGGAUGGUCUCCUUUUAUUAAAUCAGCACAUGUUGUAACAACUGCGCCACCAGUUAAAAAUGUAAAUAAAUUUGCCUCUCCCACUCCAAGCUUAAAACCACAAGCUAAGCCUGCAAUGGUAAGUAAAGAAUUUUCUCUAAUUACAACCUCGCAUAUACAAACUAGACCGGGAGUGAUCAGACCUGUAAUCCGAAAUAUGCAAGCCAAAUCAGAUGCUCCAAUUGCAACCAAAAAUAUACAAACUACCCCCCCAAUGAUAAAAAAGCCUGCAAUGCCAAAUAAACCAGCUUCUCCAAUUAUAACACCAAAUGUAAAAGCCAAACCAGCUGCUCCAAAUGUGCAAGCCAAGCCAGCUGCUCCAAUUGUACAAGCCAAACCAUCUGCUACAAUUUCAACAUCAAAUGUACACACCAAAACAGCUGCUACAAUUUCAAAAUCAAAUGUACAAGUUAAACCAGCUGCUCCAAAUGUGCAAGCCAAACCAUCUGCUACAAUUUCAACAUCAAAUGUACAAACCAAAACAGCUACUACAAUUUCAAAAUCAAAUGUACAAACCAAAACAGCUGCUACAAUUUCAACAUCAAAUGUACAAACCAAAACAGCUGCUACAAUUUCAAAAUCAAAUGUACAAACCAAAACAGCUGCUACAAUUUCAAAAUCAAACGUACAAACCAAAACAGCUGCUACAAUUUCAACAUCAAAUGUACAAACCAAAACAGCUGCUACAAUUUCAACAUCAAAUGUACAAGUUAAACCAGCUGCUCCAAAUGUGCAAGCCAAACCAUCUGCUACAAUUUCAACAUCAAAUGUACAAACCAAAACAGCUGCUACAAUUUCAAUCCAAAAUAUAAAAACUAACCCCCCAAUGAUAAAAAAACCUGCAAUGCCAAAUAAACCAGCUUCUACAGUUCCAACACAAAAUGUACAAGAAAAAUCUGUAAUGGAAAAUAAGUCAGCUGCCUCAAUUCCAACCAAAAGUGUACAAACUAAACCUGCAAUGAUAAGCAAAUCUUCUGCUCCAAAUCAAGGCGCAAAAGAAAAAGAGCCGGAUACUACGAAUAAUAAAACCAAUUCAAAGUUGUCACAAAAAUUGAAAAGCGCAAAAAAAAAAUUUAUAAUAGCUACAGCUUUAUUGCUUUUAUUAAUAGCUUUGUUCAUAAUACUUCCUACAAUAUUUGGUGUUUUACUAAAAGAUUAUCUAGCCAUUGUUCUUGGAAUUUUUGGAUCCCUAUUAUUGAUUGGUGUGCCAUUAUAUGGUGUAUUUCUUAACAAACUAUUUAAAAAACUUCGAUGA